AUGCGCCUUGCUGGCACCAACCCUCGAAUCGCCAAGAGGCUCCUUCAGGGUGCCCCAUCGACCCAGAUCCGAGCCAGACACUCCAUAGUUCCCCAGAGCAUGGACAAGAUAUCUAUACACAAGCUGCGGCGCAAGCCGAAACCGCCCGCCAUCGAGACCUCGAUCGACUCCGACACCAAGGGCAAUACAGUCCAUCUCACAAUCGACAACGCUGCGGUGCCAAAGCCCAGCAAGUCGCCCAGUCUCCCCUCGCGAAUGUCGCCCUUCCGACGACUGCGCAGUGGGAAGCGCGCCAGAAGCUGCUCGCCAGCGGCUAGCCAGUUGGGCGAGCCCGUCGCCGCGACUGUCAGCACCUGCGCCAAGCCCGCAGACGACGAACAGGGCGAGGAGCCGGGCCCGAGAAUUCCUGCCUUUCUCACGCAGAGUGAUUCUGAGCUUCAGGAGCGGUUCCAAGAUUUACAAAAACGAGAGGGCGCGAGAGCCUACCCAUCCACAAACCCCAACGAGGAGACGAUGCAAUGGAUCGUAUACCAAAACGAAAAUGAGCAGGGGAGGAACGUGAUGGACCGAUACUACAACAUCCGGCCGUGGAACCACAAUCGGGUCAAGCUCAACGUCCCAGACGGCGCCCUCGACUACGUCAACGCCUCGCCCGUCACCGUAGCAGCCACGGAUGAGGCGGCGCCUACAUACAAAUACAUCGCCAUGCAGGGGCCGACGGUGCCGUCGAUCGACUCGGUCUGGCGCAUGGUCGCCGAGAACACGACCUCGACCGCCGUUAUUGUCCAGCUUACGCCCAUGAACGAGGGCCCGCAAGUCAAGUGCUCGCAGUACUUUCCCUUCCUCGACGACGACCCGACCUGGGCGCUCAACGCCGGCGACGGCUGGGGCGACGGCUGGGCGGCGACGCUGACGCACGCGUCCACCGAGGCGCUCUGCGACGGCGCCGUCGUGCGUCGCGAGCUGCGCCUGCACGUCGCCGGCGAGGAAGCUCCGCGCACCGUCUGGCACCUGCUAUACCUGCGCUGGCCCGACUUUGGCACCCCCGCGCUGACGGACGUGCCGAGCUUCUUCGCGCUCAUGGGCAUGUCGCGCGCGCUGGCGACCGGCGCCGAGGAGCCGCGCUUCGUGCACUGCAGCGCGGGCGUCGGCCGCACGGGCACGUUCAUCGGCCUGGAGCACCUGAUCCGCGAGCUCGACGCGGGCGCCCUCGACGGCCUCGACGAAGAGGACGAUGACGCGGCAGACCCCAUCUUCGAGGUGGUCGACGCGCUCCGGCGACAGCGGCGGUUCAUGGUCCAGAGCGUCCAGCAGUACGCGUUCCUCUACCAGGUGAUGCGCCAGCUCUGGGCCGAGCGCCACGGCGGCAUGCCCGACAACGACGGCGCCGGCGAGGGGACGCGACCGCCUCCGAAGCGCCUCGAGGUGGCCACGGACCAGAGGCCGGACGACUCGGCGAGCGUUCGCAGCCUCGUCUCCGAAGGGGGCGUCAGCUUAGGCUCGCCGCAGGACUAG